AUUCAGUAAAUUCAGUCAUAUUCAGACAGAACGUGAAUCAAGUCUACAAGUCGGACGUCGUCGCUGGCGUGUUGUUCUGCAUUAUCGAAUUUUCCCCAGAGUCACUCACUACUCUCUUGUCAAACAGUAUUUUGAUUACAAAAAAAAAAAACUGUUAUUUUCGUUCAGGUGAAAUAUAAAAGAGAAUACCCUAAUUGUAACGGUAUAUUACGACAAUAUCCUGUUGGGAAUUUCAAUUUUAAAUUUUUGUGGGGUUUCUCUCCACAUUCUUUGCUUUGUUGUUGUUUUUAUUUUUUGCUCAUCGGGAACGUAUUUCCCUGUCUUCUGCGUCGCAGACAAGCAGAUAAAUAGUUAUACCGUUUGUCAAAGUCCAAAUAAAAAAUAAGAAAGGAUUACACACACCAACUUAUUAAUCCUAUGCGGGUGUUCCUUUUUUUUGUGGUAAUCCAUCAAGUUUAGUUUCUGUGUGUUGUUAAAUGUCAGCUGGUGCGUUCCCCAAACAACAAAAACAGUGCAAGCGAGAGCGAGAGUGAAGAGAAAAAGUGUUUUCGUUUUUUUGUUUUUUUUUUACUUUUUUCUGGAAAUUAUUUCAAGUUUUUUUGAGUGUAUUUCCUACUUUUGAAGGAUUUAUUUAAGCAAAGGAAUUCCCAUAAGGAUCCAACAUCAUGGAGGUGUGCUGUUUAAAAAUGGCAUCACGAUGCAAGCCAUCUCGACCGGUACUGAUGGAUGUAUCGAGAAUACCUGCGGUCAGUUCAUCACAUGACUGCGGUUCACUGUCAAGAGUCGUGAUGGUCCGGAAAACUGAUCAACGCCUGAUUAACCAUAAAAAACCUCAUAGUGAACCACAAUGUGAAAUUGUUACAUUCGAAACAAUCCAAACCUACAAAGGCCAUAAGCCCGAUCGCACAGUAAUAACCAAAGAGCGUCGUGACUUUAAUUCCACCACAGAUAUCCGCAAAUCGCCCAGUGUUGUGCGAUUAAUGCGGCGAAGUGUAACACCCCAUAGCGAAGGUCAAUCUUUAACAGUGUCAACGAAUGAUGUAUGCUUUAAUGAACGCCGAUCAGUGUCCUUUAGCAAUGGCACAAGUAAAUCGCAACUUAGUUUGCGACAAAAAUCCCCAUCACCAUUGCAUAUGAAACGUGGUUACGGCGAAUUCGAAUUGGACUGUCUGCGAGCACACAACGAAUAUCGGAUAAAACAUGGAGUGCCAGCUUUAAAGCUCAAUACAAGGCUGUGUAAAUUUGCCGAAGAAUGGGCAAUGAAUUUGGCCAAUAGGGCGAAUCCAACACAUCGAAGCAAUUCGCCGUAUGGUGAAAAUAUAUUUUGCAGUUGGAGUUCGGCUCCGAAUGGUGCAAUUGUUGAUGGGCGGGAACCAGUUGAACAUUGGUACCAAGAAGGCGAAAAUCACAUUUUUGGAAAGGAGCCGGCAACUCUUCGAACUGGUCACUUUACGCAGGUCGUUUGGAAGGACAGUCGGGAGUUGGGUGUUGGACAGGCCCGAAGCAAGUCUGGUCAGGUGGUAGUCGUAUGUAACUAUGAUCCACCAGGAAACUUUAUAGGAAGUUUCGCCGAGAAUGUUUCUCCAAUUGGAGGCUUUCCAUUAACGCCGAAGAUAAUUGUUGAGAAAAUCUCAGAAUCUACAGAUACCUCAUUGUCCUCGAGUGGUUAUAGUGAUGAGAUGAGUGACUUUGUAGUCAAAGUGCUAAGGUUUCACAAUAUCUAUAGGAAGAGACAUGGUGUUCCGAUGUUAAAAAUAAAUCAUGAUCUGUGCCAACUUUCACAAGACUGGGCAGAGACCUUAGCACGUGAAGACCGCUUCGCCUAUCGUCCCCACUGUACGCACGGCGAAAAUAUCUAUUGCCUCUGGUCAUCGGAUCGCAAUGCAAAAGCAAGUCCCAAGGAUGUCUGUAGGUCGUGGUAUGAAGAGCACAAGGAUCAUAAUUACCUGGUCGAGCCCAAAGGGGUAUUUCGUGCUGGACACUUUACCCAAAUGGUCUGGAAGUCAACAACUGAAUUGGGUGUUGGUGUGGCCAAGACUCGCAAAGGCAAAGUUGUUGUCGUUUGUAAUUAUAGUCCUCGCGGCAAUAUUGUUGGCGAUUUUCUGGCAAAUGUUUUGCGACCUCAUUAGUUGAUGAAGAAAAUGAGUUUUUUUUUUUUUUUAUUUUAUAUUUUUAUUAUUUUUGU